AUGACUUCAUCAGAGAAGAAACAAUUAAUCAUCAAUGCCUUUACAAUGCAAACACCAUCCCACCUGAAUCCAGGCCUAUUCCGACAUCCAACUGACAAGGGUGGCGAGUACAAAAACAUCAAGCAUUGGAUCUCCCUUGCGCAGAAACUAGAAGAUGCCAAGUUUCAUGGCAUUUUCUUCGCCGACGUUCUGGGCGGUUAUGAUGUCUACAAGGGACCUGAAAAUCUAGACCCAACCAUUCCUGCUGGCGCCCAAUUUCCCAUCAACGACCCCCUGUACAGCAUUCCCGCCAUGGCAGCUGCGACUGAAAGUAUCGGCUUCGGUGUAACUGCAUCGACUACCUAUGAAGCACCCUACGCACUCGCCCGACGAUUCUCGACAGUCGACCACCUCACCAAUGGCCGUGUCGGGUGGAAUAUUGUUACUUCUUACCUUGAUUCCGCCGCGAGGAACUUCGGUCUCGACACCCAGGUCGAGCACGACGAGCGCUACCGCAUUGCUGAUGAAUACCUGGACGUUACAUAUAAGCUCUGGGAGGCGUCGUGGAGAGAUGAUGCCGUGACAUGGAGGCAAGAAGAUGCAACAACCAAUGGCCCUGCUCCUGGUCAACGGUACGCAAAUCCACGUGCCGUGCGCCAGAUUAAUCACAAGGGAAAGUACUUCCAGGUCCCUGGACCACAUCUGUGCGAGCCAAGUCCGCAGCGGACGCCGUUUAUCCUGCAAGCCGGAACCUCGACAGCGGGGAAAGCGUUCGCUGCUAAGCACGCCGAGGCGAUCUUCUUACAUGCACAGAAACCAGAGCUGGUCCGCCCGUCUGUGGAUAGUAUCCGCGAACAAGCUGCUGCGCUAGGACGCAACCCGCAAGAUAUCAAGGUGAUUGCAGGAGCACUUGUCAUUGUUGCAGAGACAGACGAAGCGGCCAAGUCCAAGUUUGAUGAAUUCAAGAAAUAUGGCGAUGAGGAAGGUGCUCUUGCGCUCUUUGGUGGUUGGACUGGGUAUGACUUGUCGACUUACACGGACGACCAAGACUUCCGGUUUGUGGGACAGCCUGCCGUGCGAAGUAUGGUUAAUCACUGGGCCAGCACAGUGCCUGGCAGCGAGGGUAAGAAGUGGGACAAGCGGACUAUUGCUGACUACUUGACGCUGGGUGGUAACGGUGUGAAAAUCAUUGGCAGUGUCCAGACGGUAGCUGAUGAAUUAGAGCGAUGGGUGAAUGUCGGCGAUGUGGAUGGCUUUAAUCUGUCAUAUGCUACCAUUCCCGAUACAUUUGAUGACAUUAUCAAUCUAUUGCUUCCGGAGCUGCGACGGCGUGGGCUGUUCUGGGAUGAUUAUGCUGUGAAGGGAGGUACCUGGCGCGAGAACUUCUAUGGCAAGAAGGGCCAAAAUCGUGCUCCUGAUAGUCAUCCAGCUGCGAGAUAUCGCUGGCGAGCGGGAGAAGAGGUUCCAUCCUACUCAUUGACCGAAUCGCAAUGA